AUGUUAAAUUUGAAGUCAAAUAAAAAUUCUACAUCCAUUUUAGAUUCAUCAAAAAUCUUAAACAAUCAUUGGAUGGUUUGGAAAAGCGUUGGUUUACAGACUUUCAAGGGUCCAAAUAAAACAAAACGUUAUUUGUUCAUUUUAUAUGCUAUUGUAUUAAAUUUUUGUAUUACAUUUUUUUUUCCACUUACUUUUUCAAUAAAUCUGUUAGAAACAAGAACAUUACUUGAAAUUUGUGAAAAUUUAACUAUAACGGUAACGGAUAUAAAUGCAAGUAUUAAAUUUCUUAAUGUUUUUCUUGUGCGAAAUAAACUUUUGACUUUUGCAAAUAUUUUGAAAAUUUUGGAUCAAAAAUCAAAGUCUAAAUACGAAUUGAAAAUUUUAAAAGAUGCAUUAAAAUUAUCACAUAAAUAUUUUCAAUUAUUUGUCAUAACAUUUAUUUUUGGGAUAACGUUAAGUUUUUUGAUGGUUUGUUUUACAAGGGAAAGAGUUUUAAUGUUUCCAGAGUGGUUCCCAUUUGAUUGGAAAAAAUCAUCUAAAAAUUUUACAAUUGCCACAACAUAUCAGUUGAUUGGUUUAAUUGUACAAGCGUGGCAAAAUGCCGGGAGUGAUUCAUAUCCUCCGGCAUGCUUAAUUAUUCUUUCAGCACAUAUUAAAAGUUUAGCUUAUAGAAUAGAAAAAAUUGGAUCAGACCCUACCAAAUCCAAGAAACAUAAUCAUAAAGUUUUGAUUGAAUGUAUUCAAGACCAUAAAAUAAUAUUGCAUUUAACUCAAACCAUUCAAGAUAUAAUUUCGAUAACAUGUGUUUCUCAGUUAAUCUCUUCAGGUGUCGUUCAAUGUACAGUUGCUGUUUAUAUUUUAUAUGCAAAUAAUCUUACAAGAAUCGCGAUAGCAAUUGUAUUCUUUUUCGCAGUUACAUCCGAAAUUUUUGUUCUAUGCUAUUUUGGAAAUAACUUGAUAAUAGAAAGUGAAAAGCUUGAAAAGGCAAUAAUCAACUGUAAUUGGAUAGAUCAAUCGAAAGACUUUCGAAAAGAUUUCAUAUUUUUUUUACAAAAAUCUCAAAAACAAAAUGUUAUUUUAGCUGGCAGCUAUGUCCCAGUAACUUAUGCUACAUUCUUGACGGUAUUGAAAUCAGCUUAUUCUCUUUUUACAUUGUUAGGAAAAAUAAAAUAA